CAUGACUCGUGAAUCAGAAGGUCGCGAGGUGAGAGGAUAGAGCAGCGCCAGCGGCCGCCUUUAACCCUAAACAUUCACAGCUUUUCCUCCAGAGAGACUCCGGGAGAAACAUGGAGAGGAAAAGGUGGGAGUGCUCGGCUCUCCCAAAUGGUUGGAAAAGGGAAGAAGUGACCAGAAAGUCGGGCUUGUCCGCGGGGAAAAGUGAUGUCUAUUAUUUUAGUCCAACAGGGAAGAAGUUUCGGAGUAAACCGCAGCUGGCCCGAUAUCUGGGAAACUCCAUGGAUCUCAGCUCCUUUGAUUUCCGCACAGGGAAGAUGCUAAUGAGCAAGCUGAAUAAAAACAGGCAGCGGAUCCGCUACGAUCACAGUCAGAGCAAGGGUAAACCUGAUCUGAACACGUCACUGCCGGUCCGACAGACGGCGUCCAUCUUCAAGCAGCCUGUCACCAAGGUCACGAAUCACCCCAGCAACAAGGUCAAGACGGACCCUCAGAAAGCUGUGGACCAGCCCAGACAGCUGUUUUGGGAGAAAAAGCUGAGCGGACUCAACACUUACGACAUCGCAGAGGAGCUGGUGAAGACCAUGGAUCUCCCGAAAGGAUUGCAAGGUGUGGGCCCGGGGUACACGGAUAAGACGCUGCUCUCGGCUCUAGCGAGCGCCCUUCACACCAGCUCGGCUCCCAUCAGCGGUCAGCUGUCCGCCGCCGUGGAGAAGAACCCCGGGGUCUGGCUCAACACCACACAGCCUCUGUGCAAAGCCUUCAUGGUGACGGACGAAGACAUCAGGAAGCAGGAAGAUCUGGUGUACAGCGUGAGGAAGAGGCUGGAGGAAGCGCUCAUGGCGGACAUGCUCGCACACAUAGAAGAAGCUACCAUCGAGGCCAAAGCUCUGAAGGAAGAGUCCAACGACGAGGAAACGGAAUCCCUAUAGCUGAAAGCGGUGGUGAUGUUAAAGACCCGGACCACAGUAUAUUUCUCCCCAAACCCAAAGACGCACUCAGACUCGGACGUGAGCUGAUUCUAUGCAGAAACCAGCCGCUCUCCUGCCUUUCUCCUCCAGCUGUGUUUUAACGUAACAUUUCAAGCAAUUUUAUAAAAUCAAAUUCACUUUUUCUCCCCUACCUUUAACCGGUUUGUAGUGGAUUUUCUCUAUUUUUGUACAGCACGAGCUUCAAGUUCUGGGUUUGGUUUUUGCAGCAUAACGCAGUCUGAGUGACUUACAGACGCCGAGGUUUUAUUUUUUAUUCAGAUAUCUUAAGCUAAUCUCAAAUCAUGAACGUUUUUGGUUUUUUUUUUUUACACAAAUGAAAUCCCAUGUUUUUUAUGAUUAUGGAAAUAACGCACACUUAGUGCAUACUGGUUUCGAUGGCUGGUGCUCAGUUCUUUUGUUACUGUGCUGUUUAAGCUCUUACGAUGGUGCUUAGGGUUUUGUAUUCAUGAAUUAGUCGAUGCAUAGCUGAUAUUCAUUAAGAAAUGGACAGUUUAUCAAUAUUUCUGGAGUCAUUUUUCAGUUCUUUUUGUGAAGCUGGUAUGUUAGUCAUCCUUCACCGAUGCAGUGUGGUUUAUUAUUAUUAUUAUUAUUAUUAUUAUUGUUGUUAUUAUGGACUGAAUGGUUACAGUACAGAAAUCUGUGUGAUGCAUCAGUGUUUGUUCACUAGACGGCUUGUUUUUACACUAAUUCUUCCCACACCCAUGAUUGAAUAUAAUACAUCGACUCAUUUCUUUCUUCCUUCACAAGCAUUGUACAGUCAUAUUUGAAAUAUGCAGGAGAGGUGUUUUCGUAUGUUGCCCUUUAUUUGCAAGAGCGUGGAUCACUUUUUGAAAAUGCAAACCUUGUAGCUGAAGGACACGUAAUUUUAUAAACUGGGAAAAUAAAAGUCUUUCAACACA